CACUCGACUAACAAAGGACUUGCCUCCAUCACAGAAGGAAACAAACAACCCCAAGGCUUACCUCACUGCUAGAGAGGAAUUCGUUUUAAAAAAGUUUCGUUUGAAGCAACUCAAAGAAAUCAGCUCUCCGUGAUGGUGUCUGCUGGGAUACAGAUUCUGGGCGCAGCUCUGGGGAUCCUGGGCUGGAUCGGCGCCAUCAUUGUGUGUGCCAUUCCAAUGUGGAAGGUCACCGCUUUUAUCGGCAGCAACAUUGUGACCUCUCAAACCUCAUGGGAAGGUAUUUGGAUGAACUGUGUGCACCAGAGCACAGGCCAGAUGCAGUGUAAGGUCUACGACUCCAUGCUGGCCCUCAGCGCUGACCUCCAGGCUGCCCGGGCCCUGACCAUCCUCUCCAUCGUGGUGGGCGUCUUGGCUAUCCUGCUCAGCGUAGCCGGGGGGCAAUGCACCAACUGUGUGGAGAAUGCUUCGUCCAAGUCCAAGGUGGGCAUUGCAGCUGGAGUUAUGUUCAUCAUAGCUGGGGUCCUCUGUCUCAUCCCUGUUUGCUGGACGGCCCACACCGUCAUCCAAAACUUCUACAGCCCGCUGUUGGUCAGUGCCCAGAAGAGAGAGUUGGGUGCUGCGCUCUACAUCGGGUGGGGGGCGGGCGCCUUGAUGUUGAUCGGAGGGGGGAUACUCUGCAGCAACUGCCCUCCUAAGGAUGAUGACUCCUACAACGCAAGGUACAAAGCUGCCAGAUCUGAGGCUUCAGCACCAGCGUCCGGGAAAGACUUUGUCUGAAACAGAUCUGAACGUCUGUAAAUAGAUCCACAAAGCCAUGUUUACUGGGACAGAUGCACUGGCGCUACUGGGUUGUGUGUUGAUAUUCCAAGAUGUUACUUGAGCAAAAAGUAUUCCUGAGUCUUUGAUGGGAAUAAACAUUGAGAAAAGAACCACACCCAAGGAGUAAAUUCAAUCGUAUAUGUUAACACAGUUAUUUGUAUGUGUAUGGUUUUUGAUAUGAAUAGUAGUCAUUUGUCUUUUCUGAGUCAUAUGAAUAUUCUAUAACCUAAUUUGAAAAAGCUGUAUGUGGGUUGUUUUUAUAAACCGUGUAUGAGAUUCACGAUGUACCAGUUAAACUGUAAAUAAAUAUGUUGUUUACAAA